AGACCGAAAACCGGAGGUUGUCAUGUCGCGCCGCAGUCAGGACAUUCCCAUACGGCCGCGUUACGGCUACACUGACGAAGACGUUGCUAAUGAAAGCAACAGAGCGGCGGCAUCAACAAGAAACAACAGCACUCCCGCAUCUUCGUACACGGAAAUUCCAUUCCUAGCACAGUAUGCUGGUCCUAUACCCGAGCGAAAGGAGGAGACACAGCCAAGCAGCAAUGAAAGCUAUGUAAACCUGGACAUGGGUGACGAAGAGGAAGAAGAGGAGGACAACACAAACUCCAAAGACAGUUCUGAAGAGCAAGAGAAGACGGCAGGAAGGCCCACCUCCUUGAAUUGCGAACCCACUUUUCCAUACGAGUUGGAGGGCUCCACAAGCAAAACGGGAGAAAUGCGUCACUUUGUGGCUCACAAUUUGGAAGCCACACUGCGAGAGGGAAGCCCGCAACGGCCCACAGACUACAGCAAUGCCUCUGAACAAACCACACCCUCAACAUCGACAGCGCCAGGCGUGAUGACUCGUCGAUUCCUGCAAUCGAGGAAUAUACCCGAAAUCGAUGGCAAUGUACUUAGUGAUAUUGAGUUAGAGGCGCAAUAUCUGGCCACUGCCGUCGAUAAUCUUCUUGAAAAUUUGGGCAAUUUGCUGCACUCGAUCUCAUCCAUAACGGCCGACAACGUAGAGGUACACAAGAAUGCCGUGAGCAAGUUAACCGACACACUGGACGCCAACAUCAAAUGCAUGUACACGAUCAUGGCCAAAACGGAGGAGAUUAGCAAAUCGAUGAGGCCUACCGAACAGCUGGGACAGCGCAUACGGGAAAUAAAGCGACUUGUGGACAUGCUAGACAACACUAUGUAGGACGAAGUUGGCGGCGGUGUAAUCUUCGCCUCCGCACUGGAAAUGGUGACGACCACAGCCGAGACACCAACAAACAAUCCGACGUGUGCUUUUAUUUAAGGCGGAACAAAAUUUCUAGUCAUUUAUAAUUUCUUGUUUUCAUUCAAUUGCAUAUAAUCAAAAAUAUCAUGAAUACUCUGCACUAAAGUUUA